CUGCAGAUUGCAUAAUCAGUGGGUUUUGUUUACAAAAUGCUGGAAGAGGCUGCCUAAAAGAAUGUGGCAACUGAUUCUUCAGAAAUGUGGCAUUAAUUCAUCUCGGGCAAUGACAGAACUGGUUUGUUCAGGACCUCAACCCGGAAGACAUCACAAGAAGACUGCAGUAACACAGAAGUUGAGCCAAAGAAGAAGAAAUUAGGGACUUUUGUUCAAAGAGAACAGAAGAAAACCCUGGUCAUUCUCAUAGGGUAGGACGGAUUGAGAAGAUCAGGAAAAAUGCUGUGGCUUGUGACGGUCAGCCUUCUGCUUUUCUCUUCACACACCCUCUGCACAAACCCAGGAUUGAAAGUGAGAGUGACGCAGAAAGCCUUAGAUUAUGGUCGACAGGUGGGAGUUCAGGUGUUACAGCAGAGACUCAAGGCGCUUCAUAUUCCAGAUAUCAGCGGAACGGUCCAUGUGCGUAUGAUUGGCCGCAUCAAGUAUGCAGUCAUGGGAAUACGGAUUGACAAUUUUGGCCUGCCUCAGUCUACAAUUGGAUUCUAUGCUGGGACUGGCAUUAAACUUUCCAUUAAUAAUGCCAAUAUUCGUAUCAGUGGAAAAUGGCGUGUGAGAUGUCAUUUCAUGAAGCAUCAUGGCUCCUUUGUGAUCAUGGUGAGCGGCUUGUCGAUAUCUGAGGCAAUAGGAAUGACUCGGGAUGAGACUGGCCGCCCAGCAGUGCACAGUGCUGGCUGUACAGCUUCUAUUGGAAACAUAAUCAUCAAAUUUAGCGGACGACUUAGAAAGCUGUACAAUCUCUUGGCUCAUUUGCUGAAGGGCUCCAUUCGUUCUUCUCUUAUCCGACAGAUUUGUCCAAAAGUCUCCGGUGCAAUCAAUGGGCUAGAGGAGCAUCUAAGAAACAUGAAGGUCGUCUCCCACGUUGACAAAUAUGCCGUGAUUGACUAUUCCUUGGUUAAUCCAAUUGAAAUCACUGACGCAUUCAUGGGCCUGGAUUUUAAGGGUGAAUUUUACAGUGUGGUAAAGCGUGAAGAACCCCCCUUCAAGCCCCCACCAGUUCUUCUCCCUGAUCAAACUGAUCACAUGAUGUAUUUGGGACUAUCAGACUUCUUUGUUAAUUCAGCAGGAUUUGCCUAUUAUAGAGCUGGUGCCCUGAACAUGAACAUCACUGAUGAUAUGAUUCCCAAACAUUCUCCUAUCAGAUUAAACACAUCAACGUUUGGUGCUGUUAUACAUCAGGUGGAGAAACUCUACCCCAACAUGCUGAUGUUAAUGAGCUUCCAGGCCAACCAACAGCCUGUUUUAAAGGUUGCACCAAACAACAUUACCAUUCAGGCAUCUGGCGAUAUAAACACGUUUGCAAUCCUCCCUAAUUCAUCUCUUGCACCGUUGUUUGUCCUGGGCAUUUCUGCCAGUGUGUCCGCUCAGGUGACUAUCUCCGAGAUGAAAUUGAUUGGAUCCUUGAAACUCAACAGACUGCUCCUAUCUCUUAAACAUUCUGAUGUUGGUUCUUUUCAGGUGAAUAUUCUACAGAGUAUAUUGAACUUUGCAGUAAAGAUAGUGGUGUUACCGAAAAUCAAUGAAAGAUUGGCCAAUGGAUUUCCACUACCCAGAGUGGACCACUUAAGCUUUGUAAAUCCUCUGAUUAAGGUGAACCAGGAUGUUUUGGUGAUUGCAACUGACAUCCGUUAUAGUUCCUAACCAGUUGUUGUUUACAACAAAUACCAUGAUGGAAACAAGUCCAGACCUGGAACAAUUCAACCAUUUCUUAUGCUGAGAAUUGCUUACUCCUGUCCUUAGAUAAAAGUUUUGUAUGUUUUCUGUCAAAACAACUUUAAUUUCUAAUUCAAUCCUUUUCAUCAAACAAGACAUCCAAUGAAAAAGAAAGCAACCAGUAAAAAUAAUUCUAGUCACUGUUGUUUAGUCAUCAAAUAAGAGACGAAACAAAGCCACAAUUUUUUUAUACAUUCAUGGUGUGUAGACAGCGCUAGCUAGUCCAGCAUUUAUUGCUCAUUUGAAUUGCCUAUGAGAAGAUGCUGGACAGCCACCUUCUUGAUCAGAUGCAGUAAUUGCAAUAGUAGGAUCCAGUACUUUGCAGGGUAAAUGAACUGUUUCUGAAUAGCAUUUACUCUCCCUAUUAGUCAAUAUGUGGCUGAUUUACUGAGCGUGUUUGUGAAGUUGUUACUGUUUCCUGUGUGGUUCCCUGAUAUUUCUUGUUUCUCUUUUAAAUCAAAUACAGUCUGUGGCAAAUAUA